CUCUGUCUCUCUCUCUGUCUCUCUCUGUCUCUCUCUCUGUCUCUCUCUCUGUCUCUCUCUGUCUCUCUGAGUAGAAGACUGCCAUUGGAGCAGGCCUGCCCUGGGGGGCUGUGUUCAGUUAUGUCUCAUACCAGGGGAGAGGAUAUCUCUUAGAGGCUUGAUUCUCUCUCUCUCCCUCCUCUCUCUGAGUAGAUGAUGCCCAUUGGAGCAGGCCUGGCCUGGGGGGCUGCUUGUUCCCUGUGCGGGGCUGUGUCCUCAGGGUUGACCACCCUCCGGUCCUGGGCAGAGGGGAGCCUGGAGGAUACUUCACCCAGAGCCUAAUCUACACAGCCAGUCCUCCACACACAGGUUACGGAGCCGACAAAGACCUAAAUGUGAGAGGAGAUAUCAAGAGUCCAGAUGUAGCUUUUGCCUGCUUCAAUGUGUCCUGGGAGGACAUGGUGUUUGGGAGGCAGUGCCAUGUCUUUCUGACCGGACUCAUCCUGGACUCCAUAAGACUGGAGGACUCCAAGGACUGCACUCUCAAGAUAACCAACCUGGUCUAUUUCCUCUGGACAGGACAGGUGAAAGCUGAGGACUUUGUCUCUGAGCUGCUCAGAGUCAUUUGUUCUGAGAGACGGGAGAAGAGCAGAGAGCAGCAGCUCCUGCAGUGGUUGGAGUUCUCCCUUCCUCUUGCCCAGCGCUACUCUGACUGUCUGGAGCAGCUGGACAGAGGACACUGUCGUACAGUCUGUCUGUUUCCUUAAGACUACAGACACAGUGUUCCCCCCCCCACCUCAACACAGUAAGACAGACUACAGACCCAGUGUCCCCCCCACCUCAACACAGUAAGACAGACUACAGACCCAGUGUUCCCCCCACCUCAACACAGUAAGACAGACUACAGACACAGUGUCCCCCCCCACCUCAACACAGUAAGACAGACUACAGACCCAG